GCAGCCCUUUGAAAACUCUUUUCCACCAGUGAGCGCUGCAGCCCUGAGCCCUGGCGUCCCGGGACCCGAGCCCUCGGUGCCCUGAACCUCUGCGGAGCCCGCAAAUGAAAACUCUCCAGAUGUCCUCGAGUAGUGACCAGUUUGAUAUCCCACUGUCACAAAGAAACAUGAAGGGUCUCUCAGAGAUGACCUCCAAUGAUCCGAAGUCAUGCACCCAAGGGGCUGUGUUAAGUUUUCAUAACAUCUCCUACCAAGUAAAAAUGAAGAGUGGUUUUCUAUUUGGUAAGAAAACAGUGGAGAAAGAGCUAUUAUCAAAUAUAAGUGGGAUCAUGAGACCUGGCCUCAAUGCCAUUCUGGGACCUUCAGGUGCAGGCAAAACUUUGUUAUUAGAUGUGUUAGCUGCAAGAAAGCAUCCAGAAAAAUUCUCUGGAGAUGUUUUGAUAAAUGGAGAACCUCACCCUGCCAAUUUCAAAUGUGGAUAUUCAGGUUAUGUGGCUCAAGAUGAUGUCAUGAAGGUCACACUGACGGUGAGAGAGAAUUUACACUUCUCAGCAGCUCUUCGGCUUCCUACAACCAUGACGAAUCACGAAAAACAUGAAAAGAUUAAUGAGGUCAUUGAAGAAUUAGGUCUGGAGAAAGUGGCAAAUUCCAAGGUUGGAACUGAAGCAAUCCACAGUGUGACAAGAGCAGAAAGAAGAAAGAUCAGUGUCGCCAUGGAGUUGGUCACUGAUCCUUCCAUCUUGUUCCUGGACGACCCCACAAAAGCUUUAGACUCGAGCACAGCACAUGCUCUUUUUCUACUCCUGAAAAGGCUGUCUAAACAGGGGAGAACAAUCAUCUUCUCUGUUCACCAGGCUCCGCAUUCUAUCUUCAAGAUGUUUGAUAGUCUCACCUUACUGGCUGCAGGAAAACUAAUAUUCCAUGGUCCUGCGCAGAUGGCUGUAGAGCACUUGGCAUUGGCAGGUUACAACUGGGAGCCCAACACCAACCCUGCUGUCUUCUUGCUGGAUGUCAUCAAUGGAGUCUUCACUGCUGCGGAAUCAGACAGAGAAGAGGAAGGCUGUGAAUGUGAGAAGAUGGAAGACUUUUCCAGGAGAGAUGAGUCAGUCAUAGAAAACUUAACGGAGACCUAUGCCAACUCUUCCUUCUACAGAGAUACAAAAGCUGAACUAGAUCAACUCUCAGUCGGUCAGAAGAAGAGGAGCUUAGCCUUCAAGGAGUUCACCUGUGCCACCUCCUUUUGGCACCAACUCAGAUGGAUUAGCUGGCGCUCAUUUAAAAGCUUCUUGGGUGAUCACCAGGCCUCUAUAUCUCAGAUCAUUAUCACAAUUAUAGAGGGACUGCUUAUAGGUGCUUUUUUCCUUGGGACAAAAAAUGAAUGUGUUGCCAUCCAGAAUAGAGUCUGGAUGUUCUAUCUGUUGAUAAUAUCCCAGUGCUUUAGCUACUGGACUGCAAUACAUCUCUUUCUGGAGGAGAAAAAGCUCUUUAUACACGAGUAUACGAGUGGAUACUACAGAGUGUCAUCUUAUUUCCUGGGAAAACUGUUGUGUGAUUUGGUACCCAGGAGGUUGUUGCAAAGUUUCAUCUUUACUUUCAUACUAUACAUCAUAAUAGGACUGAAACCAGCAGUGGAAGCUUUCUUCAUUAUGAUGCUUACCAUUUGGAUGGUGGUUUGUUCAGCUGAUUCUGUGGCACUGGUCUUAGCAGUAGGCCAUAGUGUAAUGCUGCCCAUAAUAUCAUUUCUCAUGACCAGCUAUUUUCGGUUUAUGUUGGGAUUUUGGUACAUGACAUUUCUUUUCAGAAUCAUUGGGUCUCGGCUCUUAUGGCUUCAGUACAUCAAUGUUCCAUACUAUGGCCUGAUGGCUUUGCAGCACAAUGAAUUUUGGGGUCAAAACUUCUGUCCAAGACUCAAUGAAACUGGAAGCAGUGACUGUCCCAACUACGUAAUAUGUACUGGUGAAGAAUUCCUAACAAGUCUGGGUGUUGAUCUCUCACCUUGGGGCUUAUGGAAGAAUCAUGUGGCUUUGGCUGUUGUAAUAAUUGUCUUCUUCAUAGUUGCCUUCUUAAAAUUAUUGUUUAAAAAACAUUUUUAAAUUCCCCUUAAAUUUACUGCAAAUUACCUUCUCAUUAGAAAGAAACAUCAUGAUGUAUUCUGUGUCCAAAUAUUUCAUUCUGUUGUCUAUUCUUUGCCAUCACACUGUUUUCCAGCAACAAUUAUUUUUAAUGGAACUAUUCACCAAAAUCAAGCAAACUGAAUUAUGUGAAUUUUGCAAAGACCUCAAACUAAAAAUUAAAGCAGUUAUAAAUCUUUAUUAAA